AUGGACCAGACCGAGUAUGGCGGCCCACUCAUCCUCGCCGAUUGGCCGAGCACCUCAGUCCUCCGAUUGUCUCUAAAUAGGCCCCCUCUCAAUGCAUUCUCGUCGCCGUUUUGGAGCUCUUUGGGCUCGAAUUUCGCCAAGGUUCGACAGGACCCAAACGUUCGGGCAGUCAUACUGUGCUCAAACACCCGGGCAUUCACGGCAGGAUUGGACUUGAAAGAGGACAGUCUUUCACUAGUAGGAGCUGAUUCAGCUAGGUCUGGACUCCUGCUUCGAGAGCAUGUGCUCGAGUUCCAAGCUGCGAUUUCGAAGAUUGAGGACUGUGAGCGACCGGUGAUUGUAGCGAUUCACGGGGUCUGCUAUGGACUGGGGAUCGAUAUCAUUGCGGCCUGCGACAUCCGACUGUGCGACUCGAAGGCGCAAUUUAGCAUCAAAGAAGUCGACGCUGGAAUCGCGGCGGAUAUCGGCACCUUACAACGUCUGCCCAAGAAGACCGGGAACGACUCACUUCUGAGAGAAUUGGCGUUGACGGCUCGGUCGUUCGGCCCUCAAGAAGCAUGCGAACUCGGGCUGAUUGCGCAACGUCAUGUCGUCGAAGGCGGCAAAGAGGCUUUGAUGAGUAAAGCUCUUCAACUAGCUCAACAGAUCGCUUCGAAAUCACCGAUUGCCACCUUAGGCACUAAACAUUUGUUGAACUAUUCAACCGAUCAUACUGUGAAUGAAGGCUUAAAUUAUACCGCCCUUUGGAGUGCUAAUGCGCUCCAAGCCACUGAUGUUCAGGAUGCUAUCCAGGCGGUCGUCUCUGCGAAGAAUCCAAAACCUGCAAACUUCAAACGAUUGGGUAAAUUGUAG